UGAGUAUUUACCUGAUUGGAUGCCUGGUGCACAGAGUGAGAAAGGAACAACUUGAAAUCAUAAUCGUGGAUAGUAAACAAAGAGUAAACAAAGGCAAAAUGACUCCACUUCCUGGGGACUCGUCUGAUACCUCAAGUGUCAAGAUUCAAAUCGGCGAAACGGAACAUCUCGUCGACACCAAUAAGUUUCCUUACUUCAAAGCUUUCCUUAACUUCCAGGAAAAGUCUGGCCAGAAUACUACUUCUAUACCGAAACAUGGCGACAUCCCCUUUUUCGAUGUCAUCAACUACGGUGUAUCCCAUGGGUUCCGACACUUCUUUCGUCGUAUGCCUGUCCGACUAUCCGACUACCAUACGCUCUGCGAAACUCUCGAGUUCCUUGCUAUCGAUGUCCUCGCAGGACAAAAGCUGGGUGAUAUCAUGAAGGAUCUGAGAAAGUGCAAGUCUGAUUACGACUAUUGUGACGGCAAUGAACUUAAAGGAGACAAGAGUCUCGCGCGGGACGCCGCCUUUAGGCUCCUGUACAUAUUCCUCCUUGGUGAAUUCGAAUCAGAGGUCCGGGAUAGGGUAAUGGCUUACAAUACGGCUUUGUUCGUCGUGUCUCACACAGGAACCUUCAAACCUAAAACCCGGAAAAUGGUUCGAGAAGCGUUUGAGGAGAGAUUUCUUGUUACGGAGAAGCAGAAGAACAAUUUGAACCAGUGGCCUAUCUCUACUUUAUCUGGGGAUGAUGAUACCACUACUGAGGAAGAUUCAUAUCAUUUCUACAACUCUGACUCUGACUACGAGUAUUGGUACUCUGACUAAUCUUGAAUCUGACCUGUUGGGUUGUUAGUUUCCCCUUUAAGGUACAUGGCGGUUGAGAACGAGCCUAUGCUUAUGCAGUAAAGGCGCUUUAUAGGGUGAUGGGUCUUAUUACUAUAUACCUCUCUCUUUAGACCUCGCUCAUUUCUGGAAUAAUAUCCUCAGUCAGCGAGUCCAACAAGCCAAGUCGAGUCAAAUAACCGUGUAUAUUUGGCUUAUACAAGCCAAGUCAAAUAAUGACGUAAUCGUGGCUUACUUGGCUG